AUGACGGUGCUGGAACUGACAGGCCCAACGCCACCGCCAGCAGCACCACCACCACCACCACCACUGCCACCACUGGCGGCGCACCCCGCCAGACACCUGCUGCGGCCGCACUGCCCACGUGUCCUCCGCCUGAAGAAGCCACUGUCCCUGCCAUCAUGUGAUUCACCACAGAUCCAGAGGGCGGUGUGGCCACAACACCUGUCAAAGGGUGUCAUCACAACACCACAGGACGACCCCGUGCAGACGGAGGCGUCGCCUCCUCCUCUCGUCCUACCCAAGGAGCUGGACCCGCCAACGCCGCAGCAGCUUGCAGCUUCUCCACCUGGUUAUGGGUCUCAGGAGUUGGAUGCGUGCCCUUCUGUGCGUUCUCCGGGGGACCUGAACGCAGGCCAGAUGGCGGGCUGCAACUGGAAGCCUGACGUCCGCUGCAACCACAGUUUCCAGUUCAUCGCUGCAUCCACUCUCCUGCCUUCCCUGUCGUUGUCGCGCUCCUUAUACGACGACGGUCUGUCGUUUUGGGGGGAGGAAUGUUAUGGCGUAAAGUCGAGCGUCGGCACGCCGGUCGGGAACGAUAGAGCAGACAGGGCUGUGGAGAAGACGUCACCCAAUAGCACGCUGACCGACCUCUGUCUAGGACCACAACGUGAUAGCUGCGGCCUUCAGGGGAAGAGAACAUGAGCGCCACUCACAACUUGUCACGGCCAUUUCUACAGCAGAGAUUAGUCAUAUCAAGACCAGUGACUUAGGAAUUGUGUAUACUGAAGAGAUUUCUUCCUUGCAUGUCGCCCUUUGUUUGCAACACUUCUGUGUUAUCGUCAGAGUUAAGUAUUGUCAUUGAUUCAUUUCGUAAUAAAACUCUCUAAUACGA